UCAGUUGUUGUGUGUGUGUGAUGUUGUCGUUUGUUCGUGUUUCGCGUUCGUUUGCUUGAUAAUCUCAUUUCAGAUUGCAAACAGCGAACUUGAUCUCAAAAGCAUUUUUAUUAUGUGAAGACAAGGCUAGGCAGUCACUAGCACCUUAAAUAAUUUUCUAUAAACCAAAAUUUUACAAAAAUGAUGUCUGAAAGAUAUUUAGUGGCUGUGUGUGCAGUUGCAUUUUGUUGCAAUGUUACUCUGAUGGUUUUAUUUGUAAAAUAUAAUUCUGGUGAGAAGUGCUACGUUAAUAUUGAUGAAAAUCAAAAAGUGAUAGCACAUUUGCCCGAAGAUUUUGUGAGUAUCGGCAUAGAUGCUUCCGAAAUUCAAGAAAACCAAGUGGAGUUUACGAAUCCUAGAUUUCGCGAGAUGGCAGCGGCGUUGUCGCCAGCGCGUCUUCGACUUGGCGGCACCAUGUCAGAGCGUCUCAUUUUCAGCCCUGAUGACAUUGUGGCCUCCUGUGACCACUGCCCAAAAGGAGCAAAGUCUGUGUGUCCAGCUGUUAAAAGGUUAUGUAAACACAAAUUUUUACCAUUCUUUCUUAUGACAGGUGAGAAAUGGACUGAAAUAAACGAAUUUUGUGAAGCUGUAAAUAUAAAGCUUUUGUUUACAUUUAAUGCUUUAAUACGAGAAUCAAAUCAUGGAUGGAAUGAUAUCAAUGCUAAAGAGCUACUACAAUACUCUAAGAAGAAAAAUUACCACAUCGAUUGGCAGCUAGGUAAUGAACCUAACUCUUACCAACAUGUCUUCAAUACAACUAUAACACCUGCCAUGCUAGCCCAAGACUUCAAAAAAUUACGCAAACUUUUAAACCACUCUGGUUAUAAACAUUCAUUGCUGGUGGGCCCUGAUACAACAAGACCACAGCCAAAUCGCCCAGAGUGCCUUGAGUACAUGGUGCAGUUUUUGCAUAAUGCUUCUCACUACAUUAAUGUAACUUCUUGGCAUCAGUACUAUCUAAAUAGUAGAACAGCAAAACUGGAAGACUUUUGGAAUCCAGAGACAUUUGAUUUAUUGGCCAAACAAAUACAUACCAUGAGGAGCCAUACUGAAAAAUAUUCCCACAUUCCUAUGUGGCUGAGUGAAACAAGUAGUUCUUAUGGAGGUGGGGCUCCAGGAUUGUCAAACUCGUAUGCCGCAACCCCACUGUGGGUUGACAAGUUGGGUCUUGCUGCACUAAACAACAUCACUACAGUAAUCCGUCAAAGCUUUUUUGGAGGGAACUAUAGUCUCAUUGAUAAGAAUUUAGAGCCACUUCCAGAUUGGUGGGUGAGUGUGUUAUAUAAGAGAUUAGUUGGAAACAAAGUUUUGCAUGUAGACUGCCAUUGUACACGCUAUCAAAGGAUGUAUGCUCAUUGUGCCAACAGAAAAUAUACAAAUGAUACAUCUGCCAUAACAGUUUAUGCUGUCAAUUUAGAAAUGGCUAAAGCAAAAUUCCUUCUGAAUGGCACUGCUAUACAUGGAGAUAAUUUAAGGAUAGAUGAGUACAUCAUCAGUGCCCCGUCCAAUAAUAGAAAGUCAACUAGAGUUAUGUUGAAUGGCUGGCCUCUCUACUAUGAGUCACCAAAUCUAGACAUCCCUCCAAAUAUUAUUCGUUACGGCAAUCAUAUAUCAAUGCCACCAUAUUCUAUUGGUUUUUGGAUAAUCUACAACACUUCAAUUAAAGCUUGUAAGUGAUGUAACUGACUGUUUUUAUAUAGCAUAUGUCUUCUUUUGAAUUCAGCAGACCUGAGACAUUCCUGUGAAAAAAGCAUUUGUAUUUUUAAUAACUAAAUUUUAAACAUGUUCAAUCAAAAUAACCUUUCAUACUAAACCUAAAUAUAACCCUAAAUUUUUGAAUCACCUUAAGUAGAAAACUAAAAUGUUGUACCUAUUGAAAAGUAGAAUUAAAUGAAGUGUACUGUUCACUGUACAUGUUUAGACAUAUUGCUUUAUUUGGUUGUACUUAUGUUGCAAUUUAGUAACACAAGUCAGCCAAGUUGAAUGUAGCCUACUCAGUGGUUUCACUUCUCUGUAAAUGGGAUGUUAUUUAAAUGACAAUACAAUUUAUGGAACCAUGCAAUCUCCAUUGUUCUGUCUGAUUAUAUUUGUAAAGUUUGCAGUAGAACAGGCACAUUUUUGAUGUUUUAAAGUUAUUGCUAUAUAGAUUUUAUAGUCCCAAUAUGUAUAAAAAGCUAAAUCAGUAUUUGGGACAUUUAUGCAGCCUAUUUGCAAUAAUAGUGCCUUUCAGUGCGUAGUUGUGAUAUUUUAUAAGCUGUCAUUUGUCUGUUGCAUAUAUAUUGUAUGUGUUUUGUGUGGUAACGUUUAAAACCAGUUGUAAACUCAGUCUGAGGUUUUCUAGAAUAUACAGCCGUUUUAUACAGAUGAUAGAUUAUAUUUUUAACAGAUAUAGAAAGUAGCUUUAUUUAGGUACUUAAAUAUAUUGUGGCCAAUUUUGUAUAAAAUUUGAACAUGUAAUUCUCUUUAUCUUGGAUUUUGCUUCUAAAAUAACUUAGGAACCCAGUAAACAACAGCAUAGAAAAUAAGACAAUAGGUACCUACUUACAUGAAUUUAUAAGAUGUUUUCUGUGCAGUGGGGCUAGCAUGGCACGCGCGACUACGUUUUUGUCGCGCGGUAAACUAAUCGCUGUUUUUUAUGACGUGAAACGGGACGCGCCCGCCAUGCUAGCCCUGCAGACAAAAUAACUUAUUGAUAUCUUAGACUAUAUUUAGGUGCUAAAUUAUAAUAAAAAGACGAUAUAGUUAUUAAAAUAUUGAAUAGAAUUUCUAUACAAUAUAUAUAAGCAUUUGCCGAAAUACAUAAAGAGUGCUGUUUUUCUAAAUAAGUUGCUUUAAUAUAAUUAUUAAAUAAGUAAUUAUAACUUAAGUAUGUUUUGAGAAAUCACAUUUACUGUAAAAAAAAUUGAGGUUUAUUACUUUAUUUAACUGGUGUAACUGGUCUAAUACUUAAUUUGGAUAUAAUUUUAAAUUUUGUAUUUGCAUAAUGUCGUCAGUCAUUUUAUCGCGAUCACAUCAGAUAGACCAAGACAUUCACUUUUUAGUAUUGAAAUGAAACCAGCAAAGCAAACCAAUAAUUUAAACAAAUAACCUUUUUUCUCUGUAAAAUAAGUAAGUACUUAAUAAAUGUUAUAAAGUUUCUCAUAAUACAAAAAAUGGUCCAUAUAGUUAAACCAAACUGAAAAACAUAAUUUCUUGACUUAAUAAUUAGCUGAAAUAUUUUUUCAAUAUGUAUGUCGUUAGAGGAAAAAAAAAUAUUUUUAAAAAUAUUGUAUUUUUUUUUAAUUUUUAAAUAUAAAAAAUACAAUAUUUAAAGAAUAGAGCAGAAACUUUCUGUCGUAGAUAAUAUUUAUGUGCUCUGUAGUUUUGCAUUUGCUGUAUAAAUUAAUUGAGAAGUGAAUGUCCAACCAACUGAAUUAAUCAUAGAUCUGAAAAUAAGAAUACUUAGGUGGACUUUAAUGCUAUUAAGUCCACAUGGUACAGAUAAGUCUGGACAAUUUAAACUUGUUAUACAGUCAAGGUAAAAUCUCAUUCAGCAUUGAACAAGUAUUUGUGAUAAGACUAUGCUAUCUUUAUGUAACAAGAUAUUAUUUACAAACUUGCAUUAACUCAAGAUUUUAUAGAAAAUACGAGUAUAACAGUAAAUUUUAUGAGUUUGUCUUAAUUUUAAUAGGUAUUCCAUAAUUUUUUUUCUACAUAAUUACAAUCUUUGAAUGAGGUUUUCAAUAAUAUAGCGUAUAUUAGUUUGAAUGCUAACCUAUUCUCUUAUGGCGAUGGAAGGUACAGAUACCUGUACUGGCUCUGUAACCAGGCAACUAGAUCUGUAACCAUGAUUGAAGUUAGAUCCCUAUUCAGGGUCGCAGAGGCCAGUCGGCCUCGUUCCGUGUAAUAGGAUGACUUACCCCAUCCAGAAUCACGGUCUGAGGCGAACUGGACUCCUCUCUGGCGAGGUCGAAACCAGGACUAAACGAGAUAAGAAACAAAUGUUUCCUGUUUAAAGUAUUAGUGUAGAAGCAGAUAAUAUGAUUAUUUCAUGAUUAUCAAUGUGUUAAACUAAUUAUCGUUAUGUACCAGGCACACUCAGUCUACGCCGCCAAGUGUAUUACAUGUUAUAUUUUCUUGUAUGACGUUGAAUUGUACAGUCGGGGCAAUAUAUACCUAACCUCGUGACUUUAUAAACAAAUGCAAUAGAGGUCAGACGGAAUUAUCCGCUAAAUAAGCAAUAAAAUUUAUUAUUAAUCAAUCAUUUAUGUUGUUAAUGUAUAAAUUUUUUUUUGGAUAAUUGUUGUAUAAAUUUUUUACAUGUAAACUUUAUACUCGUAUUAUAAAUAUUGCUUUGUUUGUGCUUUAAUCCGCUGUAUUUCAGAUAAAUGGGCCUCAGUUCUUGGUACCUAUUCAAAUAAUUUGAAAAAAGUCAUACUAUUUUUUGUGUUUAGCUUUUAGGAUGAUCUAUUAAAGAAAACUGUUUAAUACUUAGUCAUUAUUUUUAUAUAUAAGCAUACAUAAAAAUAAUGACAAUAUAUUUAUAAAAAAGGUUUAAACUUACAUAUAUAAUUACUAUAUUAUGCGCAUAAAUUGUUUAGGCCAAACAAUUAUACCGUUUAUAAGAACAAAAUGUUAGUCAAAACUUUAAGAAAAAUGUCUUCAAGUGCGGAAUACAAGCUGAAUAAAUAAUAUUACUAUUAAUAAUAAGUUCAUCGAAAGUAAUCUGUGCUGUAAGUAGUUUUUUUAUUUAUUUACAUUGCGUAAGAAACAAAUGCUUUGGGAACUAGUAAUGACAGUAAGUCUGUUUAGUAACAAUUUGUAUAACACUUAGUCCUUUUCCAAUAAUAUUGUUGUGAAUAAUGCGGUGCCUAUCGUAAGACUGAUUAGUGUAACAUAAUACCGAUAUUUAUUUUUACGAGUGCCUAAAAACUACUUAUGAAUAUUUUGCCUCACUAUAAAUUUAUAUUUCUUGAUAUGCAUAAAAUAUUAUAAAAAUGAAUGUUUUGUAUAAGCAUAAUAUUUACUAUUGUUUGUGCAACGUAGGUACAUGUGCAACAAUAAGAUAUAACGUUGUAAGUAUAACAAACUUUAAAGUUAAUAACUAAUCGAACUUUAAAAUUUUCUGCUUUAACCUUUUGGAUCGACAAAAAUGAACGCAAAAGCACAAUCUCUGUUCUAUUUUUUUUUUAAUCAGUAACUGUCUACUAGUUUGAUAUGGGCUGUCAAUUUCGUGCGCUAACUGUUCACGGCAAAUGCCAGUCUGGUGGAUGACGAUUACGUGAAAUUAGUGAAAAAAAUUUCAGAGAAUCGUGCUCAUUUAUUUUUGGAUGUAUUUGUAUUAAUAAAAUGUCAUAUCGAUUUUGUGGGUAAUACAUAAUUCUACCUACUUAACAUAAAAAUCGCGCACGAUAUCGACAGCCUUACAUUAUUCUUAUAAUUUAAUUGUAUAAGGUUUAAAUAUUUUUAUAUAUAUUUCGCUAUAUAUAAAAUGACUAACAUACGACUCUAAAUCUAAGACCCAACUUUAAGCUCGUAUAACAGAAAAUAUAAGGAGAAAAUCAUGUCACUUUAUAAGUAGGUACUUAUUAUUUGGUAAGGUGUAUAAUAAAUAAAUCAUCAUUGUCUUUCGCUUUCAUAAUUAAAGUUUGUUCAUUUAAAUCGAUCUCAAUAUUCGAAUCAAAAUAAGUACCGAAAGAGCAUAGAAAUAUAUGAUAGAUGUACUAGAUUUAAGUUCCGCCGCAGCACAUGUAGUAUAGCACACCCAGGAUGUUAAAUGGGCCGGAGCUAUUGCCCAAUUUAAAUGUAUGUGAGAUUAACUCGUUCUUUCUUUCCUUGUUUGUCAUACUGUUAAUAUUUUGAAUGAACAAUUACAUCCGAUUGUUGU